CCUGCAGCACACACUCCAAACUACAUUUAAGAUGGCAGCAAUGAAUCCUGAAGGUUACCCCUGUGAGGCUGCUACUCUGCACGGCGGGAGGCAUGAUGGGUUACCCUUACAGCCCAAUCCACCAAGGAUGGUUCAGUACACCACUGUAAACAUGACCACUGAGCCCCCACAAGACUACAUCAUCUGGUCCCUGUGCAGCUUGGUCCACUUUAACCCUUUGUGCCUGGGAAUGACCGCGUUCACCUACUCUGUUAAGGCUAGAGACCGGAAGAUGAUUGGAGACCUGGAGGGUGCCAGACGCUACGGCUCCAUUGCCUGCCGCCUCAACCUCAUUUCCACCGUGCUGAUUGUCAUCGCAAUCGUUAUUUUCUUGUUUAUGUUCGAAAAGGUUCAAGCUUUCAUCAGAAAUUGAGGCUAAAUUUCAGUUCGA